AUGCACCAGUGCCAACUGGUGCUGUGCUGCUGGUCAUGGGGCUGGUCCGCCUUCGCAAAUCUGUCAGUGGGAGACGAGGAAAGCUCUGCCGCAAAGGAGCAAAAUACUGCAAACGUGACAUGUGACGACUCAGCCACAGCACUGCCUUCCUCCUUAGGCUUGAUUGCCAAUCGUGCUCCACCUGGACCUCGACCACCAACAAUCGGGACAAUCAGCACAAUUGGCGUCCAAGACUCAUUCAGGAUUCAACAGGCCAGACAAAAAUCAGGCAGUGCUGUUGGCACACAGGAGAGGCUCAUGGUUCAUCUGAACGAUCAACAAGUUUCCAUGCUGUCCCUCUGUGGCCCUCUCUUGUUUAUUCAUUGGGAUCGGCAUGCUGCAUGCAUAAAUGGGACUGCACCAAUAGAGGGAAUCAAGGACAUCACAAGUAAAUGCCAUGCAGGCCUGCGAGGAUUGGAGGCCUGCUAA